GGCCGGACGUUGUGGUGUGUCUUCCUGGCUGUCACGUGUGUCUGAACAAACGCAGUGCGCUUGAACUGUGCCUUGGAUUUUUUUAACGUCAACCGAAGCACCAGGAUGCUGAAGACAUUUCAACAAGCUUUGUUUUCUACUGGUCUGCAGUUACCCCCAUGGAAACCUGUUGAGUGUAAGGCUCAAGAUUAUGAAAUACGAACCUAUGAAACAACAAAGUGGGCAAGCACUUCUGGGAGUGGAAUGCAGUAUGAUUCAGCCAUUAACACAGGAUUCAUGCGACUGUUUAAUUAUAUUCAGGGGAAUAAUGAAAAAAGAUUCCAUCUUAGGACAUAUGGGGGGUUUUCAAAUGAACAGAAGAGCCGGGAGGAGCUGCUGAAGCUGUCUGAGAGUCUGAGAAGGGACGGCCAUCAGUUUGUCGAUAAGGAGUAUUACACUGCUGGUUACGACAGUCCUUUCAAACUGGUGAACAGACGUAAUGAGGUGUGGCUCAAGAAGAAGACUGACGAAGACACUAACGCUUGAAAGCCCGAUUAAAUAGUGGGUAUGCCCUUAUUUAUUACUAAUGGUAACCAAGCUCUCCUGUCAUUUAAUAAGUGACUGGUGUUAAAAACAUUUUUAAUGUUUUAAAAUAACACUGUUGCUUAUGAAACCAUUUGGCCUUGUACAAGUGUGAUAUUUGCUCUGCAGAAGAUAUGCCGACUGCUAACCUUAAGUAUAAUUACUUUAACUCAUUCUUUCAAGUGUAAAUAUGGUUUUGUUACUUUUUUUUAAUCUGAAAUAAAAAUGAAGAGCAUUUAAA